UUCAGUUUUUUCAACCCCUGCUCUUCAGGUCCUUUUCCUGAGCUUUUUCAUUAUUUUGUUAGAUCCCAAUUAAAUACCUUCAAUAUCAAUUAAUCUAUAUAUAUAUUAACACUCAGUAUCUGUCUCUCCAUUGGAUCCCCAUUUCUGGCCAUUGGAAACCUAAAUCUUAAAGCUUUCAAUCUAAUCUUAUCAUGUUUCUAUUAGAUUGGUUUUAUGGAGUUCUUGCAUCUCUUGGACUAUGGCAAAAAGAAGCCAAGAUUCUUUUUCUAGGGCUUGACAAUGCUGGCAAGACCACUCUCCUUCAUAUGUUGAAAGACGAGAGAUUGGUACAGCACCAGCCGACCCAACACCCAACAUCUGAGGAAUUGAGUAUAGGGAAAAUCAAGUUUAAGGCUUUUGAUUUGGGUGGCCAUCAGAUCGCUCGCCGUGUCUGGAAAGAUUACUAUGCUAAGGUGGAUGCAGUGGUUUAUCUUGUGGAUGCAUAUGACAAGGAGAGGUUUGCAGAAUCAAAGAAGGAAUUAGAUGCUCUCCUUUCAGAUGAAGCCUUGGCGAAUGUUCCUUUCCUCAUUCUAGGCAAUAAGAUUGACAUUCCCUAUGCGGCUUCUGAAGAUGAGCUUCGUUAUCAUCUAGGUCUUAGCACUUUCACAACUGGCAAAGGGAAGGUGAAUCUGACCGACUCCAAUGUCCGUCCACUCGAAGUUUUCAUGUGCAGUAUUGUCCGUAAGAUGGGGUAUGGUGAUGGCUUCAAGUGGCUCUCUCAGUACAUCAAAUAGAGUUUGGGAAAACGUCUGGCCUUGUAUUCUUUUGGAACUUUUACUGUCAUUUUUGCAGUGUCCCUUACUACAAUUAGAUUGCAAAUGGAAUUCAUGUCUGUCAUUCGAUGGAUUGGUUCACGGAUUAACAUCAUUAGAGAUAUUUGAUUUAUAACUCGGCCACUAUGAAAUUCGUGUUUAUUGAAGAACAAAGUUGUGUGCAA